AUUUCGCUUGGAAUAGUCGACGUUGUUGCCUUUUACAUUAGCUCGAAGGCAAGACAAGUUCUAUUGACGGUAUUCGGUGGAGUUACGUUCGGUGAACUUACUGUCAUUGCCAUAUUCAUCGUUGUUCAUACGCAGAGUGUUCGAUGGAAGAAAAGUACCGCAAGAAUUGCGGCAACACUCUCACAUAAAUAUCAGGUUUGGUCACGUUUCAAAGAUUGUUGA